ACGGCACGGUCGUAAAUGCGCCAUUUUGCCUUGUGCUGCAGCCGCUGUGCGCUCGGUUCUUGCGACAGAAGGAGGAGAAGUCCCAGCUGGGAUGAGCUCAGAGCUCGGUGCGGGGGCAGAGGAGGCUGCAAGUUCAGCCGGCGGCCUCGUCAGACUGGAAGUGCCAGGGACGCAGCUUAUUACUUGUUUCAAGGAGGAAGAUGAAGAUGAUGUGCACAAAUGCGGCCGCUGUCAGGCUGAAUUCACGAGCCUGGAAGAGUUUGUCCACCACAAGAUACAAAAGAUCUGCUUGAGAGCCCCGGAUCCCAACCUAGUCUCCACUGGUGCGGCACUGAACAGCCAGGAGCAGGUGGUCCCCUCUAUAGAAGAGACUGAAACCAUCUCCCAAGUCAUUGUGGAAUCCACAGAAGAUGUCAGUAAUGAGCCUGAUGAAGAGGUAUCCGAGGAUAUAAAGGACAUCCUCACCAGUGAAGAUAGCACUCUGGGUGUCCAGAGAGAUGCGGAGGAGCUGGAAGUUGAGUGGGAUGAGAGCCAAGGGGAUUUGGAGCAAGAUGAUUAUGAUAAUUUGGGCCUGGUGACAAUGGUUCUGAACGAAAAAGGACGCUACGUUUGCCAGCUGUGUGACAAGACGUUUAAGACCGCCAACAUAUUGAGAGCUCACUUGGUCACCCAUAGCACAAAGAAAGAGUUUGAGUGCAAGCUGUGUGGCAACUCUUUCAGGACAAAGGGCUCCUUAAUACGACACAACCGAAGGCAUACCGAUGAGCGCCCGUAUGUCUGCUCAAAAUGCGGCAAGAGUUUUAGAGAAUCCGGGGCCUUGACACGGCACUUCAGAUCUCUCACCCCCUGCACAGAGAAGAUACGGCUCAACAUGUGCAAAGAGAUCUUGAUCUCUAAGGAGGAAUAUGCUUCAGGUCUACUAAAAACAGAAAGGCUAGUUCCUACAAAAGAUGUCAUCAGCAAGGUGCCCGACGCUCCCUCCCAGCUUGCAAGCGAUACCAAGGAUGCUUCCCGACUCAUCCACCUUUUGACAGAUGCCAAUGGUAACAUUUUGCAAGAAGUUCACAUCCAGCUUGAAGCACAUGACAUUCAACCAGUAUCACUUGUGCCAGAGGCUGCAGCUGUUGAGCAGUGUGCAGUAGAUGGGGAGCUGAGCAGGGACAGUCUCCUCCAUCAUAUGAACAGCUCCAGUGUUGUGAUUGAGACUGUGUCCAUGCAGGAUGUGGAGAGCGAGGAAAUAAUCCUAGCCUUGGCAGAUGAGUCACACAGUGGCCAAAUGGACCAGGUUGUUAACGGCCAGAAAACGAUAGAUGGGACAUCAGAGAGCGCUGAUCCAAUGCUGAAAUGUCCAAAGUGCAAUACAGUUUGCAUUAGUGCCAAUGCUUUGAGUGUCCACUUGAAAGGGCAUGAAGGGUGCAUGCUGUACACCUGUGAAGUGUGUGGCAGGGAGUUCCUUAAGCGCCACCUGCUCAGAAAGCACCAGGAGUGUCACUACAGCGAGCGCAAAUAUAAGUGCGGAGAAUGCGGGAAAAUGUACAAGACAGUUGCUCACGUCAAGGGCCACAUGAGAGUGCACUCGGAUGAUCGGCCGUACCCUUGUCCUAAGUGUGGCAAGAGAUACAAAACCAAGAAUGCCCAGCAGGUUCACUCUCGUACCCACUUAGAUGACAAGCCAUACAUCUGCCAGUUCUGCCCCAACAGCUUCCGUGAGAAGGGCUCUCUGAUCCGGCACGUCCGGCACCACACUGGCGAGAGGCCCUUUAAGUGUCACAAAUGUGGCCGAGGCUUCGCCGAGCAUGGAACUCUCAAUCGACAUUUAAAAACCAAAGGAGGCUGCAUGCUGCUAUUGUCACUGAAAAAAAAGCCUGACGGUGCAUCCAGCACUGAAGAGAGCAGCGUCGCAUUGACCGAGGAAACCACUGUGGCGUCAUCUGAAGAGUCGCAGGAACCUCACACGGUGCUAGUGGAGUUUUCUUCAGUGGUCGCUGAUACUCAGGAAUAUAUAAUCGAGACUGCUGCUGAAGACUCCGAGACCAGUGAAGCUGCCGAGCUCAUCCAGGAUACCAGAUCUCAAGAGGUUGACGGGCACCUCUUUUCAGUCGUUCAGCAGAUUGUAAGCGAUGGAAGCCCCAGCCAACAGAUCAUUGUCCAAAACAUGUCCAUUGACGGUGAAGAGCGGGUGGAGGAAGUGCCCACUACUGACACAAUUGCUAUAGCAACCCCUGAAUUACUCACUGAGCAAGUUGCUUUGACUUUGGCCUCUGCCAUGGAGGACGGUGUUGUAGUAGCCAAGGAGGAGCCCAUGGAGGAGCAACAUAUUCCUGUACCAGAGGAAGUAGAGAUGAUGGAGAACGCAGAAGAGUUUGUGAUUGAAUCCCACAAUGAAGAUCUAGAAGUUCAGACAGUCAUUGUGUAGAAGAUUGGACAGGUUUUACUUUUU